AUGGCUUGUAUUACUGUUGGAUCAGUUUCAAGUUCUAUCCAAUACACACGAGAAACGAUGCCCGGUGCACAAUAUUAUGACGGUAAAAAGUUAAACAUACCAAUAUCGAAGGAGGCCGGAAUACAACUAAUCGAGCGAUGGAUUCAUCAGGGAAUCAGCAGUAUUAUGGCUUGUAUUGCUACCCAACAGUCA